AUUGAGUGUUCCACGGCAGGGCCGCAGGGCGAACAAGUUAAAACGAAACUAUCUUGUUGCCGCAUAUAUAUUCCAGGCCGUGCCACAAUCUCGGCGAAUUGAUGGUUGAUGCGGAUCCGUUGAUGUGCGCUAGCAUUGCCGCAAAAUCGCCAUCCGAGGAGCGGCCAUGUCUAAGGUGGGCAAGAGCGGCACGAGCGAAGCUAUGGUGAAAUUUCUCAAGGAGCGGGUAGAGUCCAAUCAAGGCAUCUCACUGCAGAAGCUAACGGGCCACCUGUCCCAGCUGCCGCCUGACCUGCGGACCAAGUACGGCUGCUCGGUCAAGUCGCUCAAGCUCUUCCUGCAGCAGUACCCUAAGGUCUUCGUCAUCAGGAACCAGAGCAACGUCUACGUGCGCACCAAGAAGCUGCCAUCGCCUGCCGGGAGCAUAGAGAGCGUCAUGACGUCCAUGUCGGACCGCGGCACCAACGACGAUGCAGACUCCGAAGACGUCACCACCCUGAUUGGCGUCAAGGGGCAGGUGUACCGCAUCUUCAACGUCUACGGGUUCAUAUCGAUCAAGAACCCGAUCACGACGAGCGUCUACUUCGACGUGCAGGCCUUUGAGAAUGGCGAGCACAGCAACCUGCCGGCGUCGGGGCUGCAGUUGGGCGAGGGGGUUCUCAUCGACGCCAAGAUGGGGCCCAACAACUGCGAGGCCAAGUUCCGGGCAAGCCGCGUCGUCCGCAUCAAGAACCACGGGGUCGUGGGGCCGCCGCCGUCGUUGUCAUCUGCCUGCUCGUCCCCCACGCCGCACAGCAAGCAGACGAUCGAGGAGCACGGUUUCAUUGAGACGGUCAAGGGCCAGUACGGCUUCAUCAAGUUCGGCCGCAACCUGCGCGAGCGUGCCUUCUUCCACCUCAACAAUGUGGACAGGGCGCACGGCAAGACCAUCCGCAACCUGCCGGAUGUUCUGACAGUGGAAGACCGCGUGCGCUUCAAAGCCAAGCCGAGCAAGAAGUCGACGGACAAGGUCAAGUGGGAGGCGACAGUUGUCUACAUCCCUCUCCUCUCUAAGAAGGCGCCGGGCGGCAUCUCCGACUCUGACGACGAGAGCGGCAACGAGGUGUUCAUGUCGGACGACGAAUCCGACAUUGUGGACUUCCUCCAGGACAAACUUAACGGUGCUUACGACGAUCCGGCUGUUGGCUAUGCAGAUUGGGACAGUGGGUCUGCUACGACAGAGACGCCACCCCGCAACGACAUGAGUCCGCCGCGCAAUGGCAUCACUGCAGGCUGCGACUGGGAUAGCCUGCGCAAGUUGUCCGGGGAGAAGGGCCGCUUCGUGCCGAGGACAGACCUGGAUGGGGAGAUCCGCUUCGGAAGAGACCAGAGGGCGCUGGCGUCGGCCGACGUCACUUACCGCGGCAAGGAGCAGGUGGACAACCUGCUCUGGGAGGUGACGGACAACCAGGAGGUGACCUUCGACGCAGUUGAUGCGACGGGGAAUGAUGACUGGAUCACCACCCUCGCGUGGACCGACGUCCGGCCGCCACACAAGCCUCACGUCAACGACAGCGAGGAGGUCUUCCGUUCCAAGUGUCAGACGAUGACGCGGCGGGCAUCUCCGCUCGCCGGCGACAGAGCAGUGUCUCCCGACAGAUUCGAGGCAAGGGUGUCUCCGGUGUCGCGCUCUGUGGCGCCCUCCAUCUCGAUCAACGAGAGUGCACGGGGCACGGUGUCGCUGGUCAUGGAGUGCAUGGCGUUCUGCGAAGUGGAGGCUACGCCGGGCGGAGCCAAACGGAAGAUCCAGUUCACGAGCGAUUGUUUCUACCGGGACGGGCAGCCAUACCCGGGCGACUUGACGGACGUGCUGGCGGUUGGGGACGCAGUGUCGCUGGACUACAUGGUAGGCAUUGGCGGAGGGGCGGAUGCAGAGGAGCGGGUCCACUGCGACGUGGUCUGGCAGGGCAGGCGGCCCGCGGAUGCUAGGCAGCUGAGUCCAGAGGAUUUCUGCCGCCAGCUGGGCAUCUCCGAGGCAGACGGGCAGGAGGGCGUGCCAUCCUUCGAGGACUUCGAGCGGGAAAUACAAGAGGCGCAGGCCAACUUGGUGUCAUCGCAAGAAGUGCCUUCAGACAAAGGGGCGAUGUCAAGCAAAAGGAACAGCGAAGGUGACGCUGAGAGGGGUCCUCCGGUCAUGCCGUCCGCGGAGGCAGUGGCGCCGAACGAGGCGACGGCGACCCACGUUGGCGCCAGGCGGAGGCUGCCAGACUGCGUCGUGCUCCCCAAGACCCAGAACGGUGCAGUCGGGCACGCUCCAACAAUGGCGGUCUUCUCUUCGGACGUGAGCGACGAAGUUCUCCGACGGCUGGCCAGGAUGGUGGCGGAGGAGCUGUCCGCACACCAGCCGCACGGGAGGGCGACCCUUCGCGACGUCGGCACCCAGACGGUCGAAGAGUAUGUCUCACUCCUGGCGCGAGCGGAGGGCGCGGAGGCGCCUCUAGUCAACAGCAGCACGCAGACGCUGUCCACGGGCGGAAUCAAGUCCGAGGAGCUGUUCAUCAACUGACCCGGUCGCGAUCCGGUAGCGGCGACAUCGCGUCGUCCGCACGAUCCGGCGUUGUCUACACAGUCGGCAUCCACUAGUUACUCUUGAUCACGUGCGCCGACGUCUGUUGUCAAAGUGCCUCACGCUUCUUGUUUACGAAAGAAGAGGAGGGGCGUCUAAAACUUGAACGAGAUACAAAAGUGGGGUAGGGGGAAAAAAAAGGUUGAAGUUUUACGUCGGAGAAGAUUAACGGGAGUAUGUUGCGUCGUCUGCCAAGUCCGCCUCAAGUUGUUACUUUUUUAUUGCAUGCUCCAAUACUCUUUCAACUGCACAGGCUCAGGAUAAUUGGGGAGGGGGGAAGGUCACAAUAUCUGCAGAAUCGGCCUCCACUCGGUAACUUCUGCGCUCAAUUGUGCAUUUCUACAAUCAUCAUGGUCUCAGUGGAUGACGGAGAAAGUCAAAGGAGUCACAGCCGUGGAACGUUAGAGGAAAGGUCUUAGCCUCCAGUUGGUAUUAGGCCCAUGUUGAAGACAUUCCAAAUGUUGUGUGUGGUUGUUUUUUUUAAUGCUUAUGGUAUGCAGUUCUGUUGAGAGUGCCAAUGUCAUGUUUUUUUUUCUCGCUCACUUGAAAGAUGCGCUGAGGUUCCGAAUGAAAGUACGUCGUGUGCUCUGAUUUCUUUACGUGUUGCCAAGGGGAAGGGUCCAAAGCAGUUGCGAGGAAUUUAGUGUUUUUGAGAGUUUCGAGGAGCGGCCCUUAAAUUCGUCAACCGGAUCUAUCAAACCUGCCGUAUAUUAAAGUUCAACUCUGCAAUGUCAGAACUUCAAACGAGAAAAAAGAAAAAAAGAUUUAACACUUACGAUUAUUUUGGGCAAUCCAAGAACUACCUGUAUAGUAUUUCUCUUUCGGCAAAGAGGUAGUCAACUGAUAUGCAACAUCUUACUGCAAUAUAUACUUUUCUAUACAAUUGGUAGUUGCGCGUGCGCACAACUACGGAUUGGCAUUGCUUGGACAAGGUGGGCCAAGUGAAAAGUGUGUGCCGGGCUUGUGAUAGGCAGUGUAUGCCACUCAUUUAAGGAUCUACAUAUAGUUAGCAAAUAGUAGCGUAAAAAAUCUGUGCUGCCAGUGGAGAAAAAAAAAAAAAAAAGUGGCGGCGUUGGUUUUUGUUAUUUUAGCUCAAAGUUUGACCGUUCGAGCUUUCCAAUACUCUCUCAUUUUGGGGAUCAAAACAAACUUGGGAGCAAUGAAGCAGAGGAAUGUUGAAAGAAACCGGCGAGGAAUUCAAUCGAAUCCAUCCUCUUGUUCGUUUCGGUUUUUGCCUGAAUGUCAUAAGUGGACCCUCAUCUACCAAAGCUGCCGCAGAUGGAUUCUAGUAUUCUCUUAUUGAACGACUUGAGAGCAAUAAAAUGAUAAUUUCUUCCUAUUGCA